AUGUGGAGAAGAUGGCAGCUGUUCCAUGCUACCGACUUUCAAUCGCUUAUGUAUCCUUGCUUCACCUUCUGCGACAUGCUCGGAAUAUUUCCGUAUUGCAUCAACGCUUUGACUUUUGAAACUACGAAACAGCGCUAUAUUCUGACAACCGUCAUUACUUGCGUUUUCUGUUUGUUUACUUUAAUAAUGCUGUAUGGGAUUGACAUUAGUGGAACGAUUACGUAUUAUAGCACACCUGUAACUAUAGAACGCAAUUGCUUUUUUAUAUACGGUCUAUUUAUCGCGAUUGUUACAUACAUUAUGAAAAAUCCUCGGAUGCACUUACUCCAAAAUAUAAUGGAAAUUUCUUUGAUAUUGUCUCCUAACUCAUAUCGAAAGCUAUCUAGACUGAUUCACGCUAAAGAUAUUUUUGGUUCUUCUUAUCUAAUUGGACACAUAAUAUUUUAUUAUUCUGUAUUAGAUUUUGGUAACAUAGACAAGAUUCUUGUAGGAUACAUCCUCUUGACAGGAUUUCAAAUGGAUAUGUUGUACAUGAAUUGUGUAUGCGUAUUAAAAACCUGUUUUAAGGAAAUCAACGAUAAUUUAACGAAUUUGCGGAAGCUCGUGGUGAACGAUAAACCACAUCUUUUGAGAAAAAUUUAUCAUGAACAGAGAAAUCCGUUUCUGCUUAUGAAACUCAAAGAAUUGAUAACACAGCAUUUGAUGAUUAGUGACACAGUGCAAAUGUUAAAUACGGUUUUCGGUCUACAACUUCUUGCUACCAUAGUUAUGACUUUUGUUGGACUUACUUUUUGUCUAUAUUAUUACAUAAUUUGUUUAUGGAACACUUACAUGUAUGGUUACCACACGUUUUAUGAUGUGAUAUUGGCAACGUCUUUGACGUAUCAAUUCAUCAAAAUAGCAUUGAUAGGAUGGGCUUGUGAUACAGGCAAGGAUGAAGCCAUAAUGGUCGGUAUCACCGUUCAUGAAAUACUAAACGACACUAUCGACAAACAAAUCAAAGAUGAAUUGCAGCAAUUUUCCUUGCAAGUACUGCAUCGGGAAAAUAUAUUUUCCGCUAAUGGUCUUAUACUAGAUGCAACGCUUCUCGUUGCGCUAGUGAGUAACAUUACUACGUAUCUGUUAAUUUUAAUACAAUUCUUAGAAAUCAACGAUAAUCUGACGAAUUUCCGGACGUUGAUUGUGAACGACGAACCACAUCUUUUGAGAAAAAUUUAUCACGAGCAGAAGAAUCCAUUUCUGCUAAUGAAACUCAAAACAAUGAAAACGCAGCAUUUGACGAUCAGCGACACAGUGCAAAUGUUGAAUAUGGUUUUCGGUCUACAGCUUCUUGCUACCAUAGUUAUGACUUUCGUUGCACUUACUUUUUGUCUGUAUUAUUUUAUAAUUUGUUUAUGGAACAUUUACAUGUAUGGUUUCUACACGCUUUAUGAUGUGAUAUUGGUAAUGGCUUUGACGUAUCAUUUCACCAAAAUAGCAUUGAUAGGAUGGGCUUGUGAUACAGGCAAGGAUGAAGCCAUAAUGGUCGGUAUCACCGUUCAUAAAAUAUUGAACGAUACUAUCGACGAACAAAUCAAAGACGAAGUACUGUAUCGGGAAAAUAUAUUUUCCGCUAAGGGUAUUAUACUAGAUGCAACGCUUCUCGUUGCGGUGAGUUAA